UAGUGAUAUUCAAGAGCUCAGAGCGACCGCACGUUUUUGUAGUGAUAUAAAAAAAAAUUGUCAUCUUAUUAUUUAUUAUAAUAAUAUAUUUACAAAAAUCAAAUCGUACCUCUAUAAAAAAAUAUUCGAAUCUGGCAAUUUUUUCUAAACGUCAGAUUGAAAUUUAGAAAUCCUAAUCUGCCUUUCACUGACUGAAUAUUCACAUCCGUUACUGAUAUAAUUCUUUUUGUACCCCAUUUUCUCUAAAAUAUUAAUAAUUUAGAUACGUUAAUAUAAUUUUUGAAAACAAUGGAAAACGAUGGUGUUAAACCUUACAAAAUAUGCGAUGUAAAUCGAGACAAAAAGAAAGGUGUAGUGGCGUCGUCACUGGAAGAUUUACUUACGAAAGUGCCCGAUAAGUUGGGUCUGCCUGCAGAACAUCUGACAGUAGUGCUAGAAUCAGAUGGAACUGAAGUAGAUGACGAAGAAUACUUUUCUACUUUAGACCCUGACACUUCCCUUAUGAUAUUGCAUGGAAAAGAAAAGUGGGCGCCGAAUAUGCCGAAAUGUCAAGUAUCACUUGAUCAAACGGAUGAAGUAACACUAGAUGAUAAAGGCCAAGUCGCUAGCUUGGUUGGUCGCUUGCAACACAAUCUUUGUCAUAUAUCUCUUCUUGGUGGGCAGGAUUUAGAAUUACUCUCUGACAUGGACCCAGAUAGUCUUGCUGAUAUAGUGACAGAUAGAGAUAACAGGAUUAUUUUGGAACACAUUAAGGAAGCCUCAGGAAGGAUAUUACUUGAGAAGCGUCAAGCACAGGAUGCUAUGGAACUUUUAAAACUCUACCAUCAAAGUGUUGCAAAUGGAACUGAAGAUGUUACACCACCAAAACAGGAACGAGUUUAGAGCAACAUGACAGUCAGACAAGUAUCAUGUACUGUAAUCUAUUAACAUAACCCUCAAUUUAUUUAAGGGAUGGUACUUAUCUCAAAAGUUUACAAAGAAUAUUUACUAUCUUUUCCAAAUAAUAGCUAUUCCCAUUUGCAAAUCAAGCAAUCAACUGAAAUAGGUGAAUUAAUAGGUACUUACCUAGUAUUGAUAAUUUUUUUCAAUACACCAAAAUAAUGAGGCCUUUUUUGUAAUAGACAACACAAAUUUGUACUGCUAGGAAAUUCAUUUUUUAAUAUUUAGUUCACUUUAUUUAAAAGUGCAAUUUAUUUUAUAUGUUUACCUAGAUACUGUACAUUUAUAAAUCAUCAUAAUUACAAAAUACUAUAUUUGUAACCAGUAUUACAAUAUGAGUAUAAACAUACAUUCAAUUUGAUCAUAUUCUAUAGUUAUUUAGAAAAUUUAAAAUAUAAGCAGGUAGGUAUGUGAUGAAGUAGUAAUAAAAUUAUAAUUAAGACAAUCUUAUGAAUAUGAGCUGAAAUUGAUAUAGUUAUUUGUAAUAAAAAUAUAAUUCUUAGUAAAUAAGUGUCAUGUAGAAAGUCUAAAUAAUUAUUUCAUUGUUGUUUUGUAAAAUUUACAUGUGCUAAUUAUUUUUAAGUAUUGAUUUAUAUCAAAUAAGACUAGGUGCCUACAACAAUCUCUAGAAAAAAAAUUAAAUCAGUGGCUUCAUGUCUUAUUUAUAAUGAAGCAUUCAAAAUGAUAAUUUUAAUUCUUUAUAUCCUGUUUAUUUGAUUUUAUUCCAAUAUGUAUUUAUAUGGUUAAUAGGAUCCAAUAAUUUUAAUAAAUCAUUUCAUUUGUAAACUUUACUUUUAUAAGAUUUUACUUUACACUCUUAACAUUACCACACAACAAGACAGUGAAGUCGCUGAUAUUUAUUCUGAUUAUGUUUAAACUAGUUGUAUAAUAAACAUCAGCCUUUUACCUUAUUUUGUAAGAAUUAUGUUAUCUACCGAAGGCUAUUUAAGCAUUUUAAUUUAAAUAUAAUAGUAUAAUAUUGUUUCUGUAAAACAAUAAAAGAAUCGACAAUAGAUAUGCUAGAACAUAAGUAACCUUUGAUUUAGAUAUGAGAAACAAUUUAAAAAUUUUCUUUUUUGUAAACUUUUGAGGGACAAAUUGCCACAAGGUUGAUAAACAACAUCAAUUCAAAAGACUGAUAGUUGGUAAACUUAUGUUUUUUAUAUAGUUUUACCCCUAGCAUAAGAUUAAUUAUUUUGAUUCCAAAUUGCUCAAACCAUUUGUAUUUACUAAUAUUGAAAAGUUUUCCUCUAUUUAAUUCCACUGCCAUAAGUUGAAAUUUAAGCAUGCCUACUUGUAAUCCAUAAUAUAUUGUGGGGCUGUAAUUGUAGAAAUUAUGUGAUAUGAAUGAUAUUAUUUUUAUUUUAACCAAAGAGUAAACAAGAUAAUUCCUUGUUAAUUUUUUAGAAUUUUAGAUUAAUAUAUAUUUUAAUACUUUUAUUCUCACAGUUUAAUCCUCACAUUAUAAAGAAAAAUGUAUACAUUAGAUAUGUUUGUUUAAGAGAUGUAAUAGUAGUAUACCUACAUCUGCUUAUGUAGAAGCUUAUCUAUUUUCACCACCAAUCCACCUUUUUUGUACUUAAACACAACACCAACAAAAUUGAAUGAAUACUUAAUUGCACUCUAUAAACAUUGUAUGCUGUUGCACUUUUGUACAAAAUGUAAGUUUAUACUAUUACUUAUGUGACUUGUUUCCUAUAUACUUCUUUAUGUAUUUGCAACACUAGAUAAAUUACCAUAAUGUAGCAAAUAUUAACAUGUAAACAGUAAAAUUAAUAUGUACAUCUGAAUUAACUUUAAAUAGCUAUAUGUUAGAUACCUGAUAUUUGAAAACAUUUCAAUUACAAAGGCAAGUGUUAUACUAUUAGUGGUCAUCAAUUGCAUCUAUAGAUCUGAUUAAAUUCUUGAUAGACACCUUAAAAAUACUCUUAACAUACCUAGCUAAGGUGCCAGUCCAGAGGGCGCCAACUAAGCAUGUGCCUAGAAUAACAAAAUAAAAUCACUAUAAUAAAGACAUUUUGACCUGUAGCAGCAAAAUAACUAGAUUCAGCCCAAACUAUUUUCAUUGGAUUCCUUUACUAAGAAUUAAUGUAUUCUGUUGAUAUUAUUAUAAUAUUUAAAUAUGGAAUUGUUUUACUUUUUAAUAACAUUUACCUAUAGAGGAAUUGAUCUUAAGUUGUACUGUUUAUUUUAUUGCACAAUAACAUUUAUUAGCAAGCAA